AGCUGACCCGGAAGUAAAUCCCGCGGUCCGUCCAUGGCGUGCGAUGGGACUGUGUUUUCGUCCUGAUAUGUUGGAUUAGGUGUUUCCUGGCCCCGCUCGGUGGCUGUGGUUCUAUUCAUGACGGACUUCUACAACAAGAAAUGUUGGAUUUUGUCUGUGUGCAGUGUUAACAGGAGACAUGGUGGGCUUUGACCCCGGGGCUCAGGGUGCAGCCCUCUCCCCCGAGGAGGCAGCUCUGGCCGGGUCCGCCGCCGGGAUGGUCACCCGCGCCCUCAUCAGCCCGUUCGACAUCCUCAAAAUCCGAUUUCAGCUGCAGAUCGAGCGAGUGUCUUCACAGAGGCCGGAGGGGAAGUACCAGGGACUGUUUCAGGCGUCUCGCUGCAUUCUCUCAGAGGAGGGGCUCUCUGCCUUCUGGAAGGGCCACAUCCCGGCGCAGCUCCUCUCCAUCUGCUUCGGGGCGGUCCAGUUUGCCAGUUUUCAGUUUCUGACCGAGGUGGCCCACAAGUCAACGCCGUACGACAGCCAAACGGCAGGAGUUCACUUCUUAUGUGGCGGCUUGUCUGCCUGCUCUGCCACAGUGGUGUGCCAGCCUCUGGACACGCUGCGGACUCGCUUCGCCGCUCAGGGAGAACCCAAGGUGUACAGGAGCCUGCGACAUGCCGUGUCCACAAUGUGCCGCUCAGAGGGAAUACUCGCUUUUUACCGUGGCCUGAUUCCAACGCUCACGGCGGUGUUCCCCUAUGCCGGUCUGCAGUUCUUCUCCUACAAUGUCUUUAAAAAUCUGCUGGCUCCGCCGCCAACAUCUGGGAGCUCGGGAGGGAACCUGAGGAGCCUGGUCUGUGGCAGUGGAGCUGGGAUCAUCAGCAAAACCCUGACGUAUCCCUUUGACCUGUUCAAGAAGAGGCUGCAGGUGGGGGGCUUUGAAGCCGCCAGGGUUCACUUUGGACAGGUGCGGAGUUACAGAGGCCUGGUGGACUGCAUGGUUCAAAUAGCCAAGGAGGAGGGCGUGCGGGGCUUCUUCAAAGGCCUCUCCCCCAGCCUCGUGAAGGCUGCGCUGUCAACGGGCUUCACCUUCUUCUGGUAUGAAGUUUUCCUCGAUGUCAUGCGAGACCUCAAGCAGAGACGGCGCGCGACAGGCCUCGCCAGAUAAUGAAAGGGAAAAACGUAAUGAAGACACAAUCACGCACAUCAGAGAUACACUUCCUGUCUUGCCUUGUUCUUUGCACUUAAACGUCUGGUAGUUGUUUUGUGUUCACAUACAAGAAUAGGAAAGCACAACCUCAUUUUACUCGUGUUUGUGCUGUCGUUGCACCUUGAGUUGUACAAGCUUUGAAUUUUUCUUUAAAAAAAAAAGUGUAUUUAAUAUUUUAUCCCAGGGUUUUAGGGUUUAUGGAUGCUUGCUCUUGACGGAGCCGUAACUUUGCUGUCUUUGACGCUGACUUUUCUUGACAUGCGCUCAUUAAAUUGGGAGAAGUGUAUUCAGCAAAAAUGUGCUUUUGGCUUGAGGUUGCAAAGAGGAAAAACACGGACAUUUAAUAUUUAUGUAUUGUGGUAGUCAAAACAGUAUUCUCUUGAGCGUAGGCUUCACGCACGGCCAAUUAAGAGUUUACUUAAAAGUGUUUGUGCCGACCACAGACUGUAUAUAAGAGGUGUAUAAAUGUGGCGACAUGUCUGCCCACUGAUGUUCAGGUCAUUAUUUUUGAAAUAAAUGUUCAAAGUUUUUAAAAAAAAAA